AUGGUGAGCAAUAUCGGAGACGUGGUUUUGGUCAUGGCCUCCCCCGCCUCCUCACGUGAAGGGGAUUCACACGGCAGCCACGAAACCCUGCACCAGCAGAGGAAGGUGCCGGCCCCAGAGGUGUUGCUGCUGACCGCGCUGGCCAAGAUCAAGAAGGCCAAGCUCGACACCUCGGCCUUCUUCGAGGCGCUCGGCAUGACCGAGUCCCCCGGCGGGACGUGGAUGUUCAUCUUCACUGCUCAGGGUAAGCUUGAGAAAGGGAGAUACUUCCCUAUGACCGCCGUCCAGCGAUUCGACGCCACGGGGAAGAGGAUAGAGAAUGGGGUGUCCCUGGGCCCGGCGGGGAGCCUGAGCUUUGAGGUGCGGCUGUCGUGGAAGAAGAAGAUCAACGCUGCACCCUGUCCCCUACCGUACAGCCGCCCAGUGUGA